AUGCCGUCAUUAGGUGUAUAUGACUCGAAGCGAAAGUCAAUAUCUGUAGAUACUGAUUUCUACAAGUGGGCAUUAAGGCAUUUUCAUGAUAAGAAUAAUUCUGCGACAAGCCACAGUGGCAACACAACAUAUCUAAUGUGCAAGCACAAUGGCCCUUGUCAGGGGCGGAGAGAAAACCCGCGUUAUCAGCAUAAUCGUGAUUCCCAGUCCAGGCACCGCUGCAUGUCUGGGGCAUCACGUUCUGAUUGGGUGGCUCGUGUUGAGGUGGAGGGUGGGGUUAAUAGCAAGUGGGGCAAUCUGGCCAUGAGUGAGAAUGACUCAUGCUCGAUGGCCCCAUCUGUAUUCACUUGGCGGGUGCAGUUUAGUUGCCUCUCUGCUGUGCUCAUUCUGCAUCAUCUCGACUCACAGAGACUCAUGAUAGACCAUGCUGAACUCAUGCUGGACUCAUCAUGGUGGACUCUGACGAUAACUUGA